UACGUUUGAGAGCGUUGGCAACCCGAGACGUCGACCUUCCACUUGACGUUUGGCGAGGCAAGAUCGCGUUAGAAGACGUUUUGACACUGUCCGGUCUGGCGAUCGACGGUGAUGCAGUUGUAGUUAACAUACCGGAUGAGGAGUUGUCGGAGAUCUGUUUGAGACUGUUAGGACGGGUUCCUGAUGAUCUUUCCGGCGGUGUCGUUAGGAUUGUUUGACUGAAGGAUGAAUUCAAUCAUCUGCCGGAAAAUGCAUACCAGGAGGUUACAGAGAAGUUUGCACGAGCUUAUGCUCCAUCUAUGAUGGGAGGUGUACUGUUUCCGGAUUGGUCUGGAGCUACAGUGCACCUACAAUACCUACUUUUGGUGGAGGAUUGGCAGAGAGCUGGACGGCUCGCCUAGGGAGCAGCUGUUUUAUCCUACCUGUACCGUUAGAUGGGCAGGUCGGCUUUGCACAUUUCGCAUUCCUCCACUUCUCUAGGAGUCUGACCUUGGUGGAUGGGUCCCCUUACUGCAGCUCUGGGCGUGGGAGCGAUUCCCACAUCUUACACCGCGACAUUCAUAGACGAGGGCGCAGAUUGCCGAGGAUGCAUCCCCACAUGGUGUUCGAUGGCUUCCGACCAACACUCGUCAGUAUGGUGACCAGCUAUUCCAGUACAAGUUGUGGUUUGAUGAGAUGGAAACCAUGGUGUGGCAACCUUACAUUGAGAGAGCACUUCAUCUCAGAGGUAGUAUGAUACAGUCAGAGAAGUUUCGAGCAGUAGUGCCACUGAUCUGCUUUUCAGCGGUGAUGUGGCACCAUCCAGACCGCGUGCUCUGGCAGUUUGGCAUGAGGCAGCCUGAGCCUCAUCAGCCACAUCCUGAGGUUGAGGUUAGGUUUUUCCUUCGUCAGACUACUCGUGGGAAAUCACGUGGGUAUAGCAGGUACACGCCUCGAGAGAGUCGCUUGCUUUUUGGAACCGUCGACAUGAGUUCAUAGCGACGCUCCAUACAGUGAUGAGGUUUUAGCCUACCACUCGGAGCAUAUGGAGUGGUAUCGAGAUGUCACCAGACGUUCAGGCACACAUAGAGGAGCUGUAGUGGAGGCAUUGGUUAGUUAUUUAUUGUUUAAUAUUUUUUUGUAUUUGUCUUGAAUUUCUUAACUGUUAGAACACUCAGAUUU